AUGAAAAGAGGUUUUGAGUACGCACCGACGAAAUGCAACGACCAUAAGAUAACCGCACGAUGCCGUGUCUCAGAUUGUCCUUGGAGAAUAAAGGCGCGUCAAGUACCAGGAAUUGCUCAAUGGUGGGUGAAGAAAUUUGAUUCGCAACACACUUGUAGCAGGGCAAUAGGGGGAUUGGGCCACAGGAAUUGCGAUGCGGCUUUUAUAGCAGAAUUUGUUAGGGGGCAGGUGGUGGCAAACGAGAAAUACACGUCGAAGAUGGUUCAGACCGAGAUUCUUCAGCAGCACGGCGUAAAAAUUUCAUACUGGAAAGCCUACCGGGCUAGAGAAUUGGUCCUUCAAGAGGUGCGCGGCGAUUUCGAGGGCUCGUUCGCUCUACUUCCCUCGUACAUGCAAGAGUUGAGGAGUGGAGAUGCGCAAACAUGUCUCCAAUUACUUUACCAGGACGAGGGUCAUUUUCACCGUUUUUUCUUGGCAUUCGGAGCAGCGAUUCGAGCAUUCAGGAAGCACUGCAGGCCGUUGAUUGGUCUGGAUGGAACGUUCCUAACUGGUAAGUUUAGAGGUUGUCUGCUGACGGCGUCAUGUAUUGAUGGGAAUAACUGUAUAUUGCCAUUGGCGUGGGCAGUUGUUGAAGGUGAAAAUCGCUAUUCCUGGCACUGGUUUCUGGAACAGUUACGGGAUGGCGUCGUCGGUGAUCACGACUCCAGCAGAGCAAAUAGUGUACUUACUAUUGUUUCCGACCGCCAAAAAGGAUUGAUUGAUGCUGUAUCCGAUGUUUUUCCGGAUGCAGCUCAUGGUUAUUACAUUUACCAUCUGUCUACCAAUCUCGCGCACGCGCCAAAGAAUACACCUGCGUGGAGAAGAUUUUGGGCUGCGGCGCGUGCAUACACUGUCGUGGAGUUCAACGAACAUAUAGAGAAGAUAAAGGAGUUGAACCCCGAACAGUACAAGUAUGUGGUUAAGCUGCCUCAGCAUAGGUGGGCUACCCAUUGCUUCCUGGGAAUGCGUUAUUCAAUGCUCACUUCCAACUGUGCCGAGACGAUAAAUAGUGUAAUUCGACAUUUAAAGGGCCUUCCAAUUACCUACCUCGUCGAGGAAACAUGA